GCAAUGCUAGUUAGUGCGCAUUAGUGCGUCUGCCGAUCACAGAGUAUAGUCGAGUUUACCUGCCAAACGUGUAUCUAUGAUUGCUCAAGUUUGUAUACUCGUGCCAUCCUUGCUGUUGUAUUUCGCCAAUUUUUGUGGAAUAUUGAGCUUGGACGGAAACACGAAGUAUCUGGAUUCUUUCCAUAAGUGCGCAUUAAGAGAGAAGUUAUGGGGGACGCAGCGAUGAACGUCGCAGCGUCCGGUGGCGGCGGUCAGCGUGUCGUUAAAGAAGGCUGGCUGCAAAAACGCGGUGAACAUAUAAAAAACUGGAGGUCAAGGUAUUUUGUUUUAAUGGAUGACGGUACACUGGUUGGCUUUAAAGCUAAACCGGAUCAACAAAUGGCAGCUUCUGCACAGCCGUUAAAUAAUUUCACAGUUCGCGGAUGUCAGAUCAUGUCUGUAGAUAGACCUAAACCUUAUACUUUUGUAAUAAGAGGUUUACAAUGGGCAGCUGUAAUAGAAAGAACCUUUCACGUAGAAACGGAACAAGAGAGAGAAGAUUGGGUUGCAGCUAUUAGGUACGUAGCUGCUAGACUGGCAAGCGAAAAACAAACCCAAAUGCAACAUUCGUCUUCAUCGGAAGAUGUCGAUAUGGAGUCUUCAGGAGUCGGUAGGUCAGAUUCUUGCGGAUCUGUUGGUGUAGUGUCUUCAGAUGCGGAUGGUGGUAGUAUCGAUGAAUUAUCCGCAAAGUUUAGUGUUCAAGGAACCUCGAGUAGUAAAAGUACAGGGAAGAAGAAAGUAACCCUUGAAAAUUUUGAAUUUUUGAAAGUUUUGGGGAAAGGUACGUUUGGAAAGGUGAUACUUUGCAGAGAAAAAGCAACUGGACACUUAUACGCUAUAAAAAUAUUAAGGAAAGAAGUGAUCAUCCGUAAAGAUGAAGUUGCGCACACGCUUACCGAAAAUAGAGUAUUGCGUACCACUAAUCAUCCGUUCCUAAUUUCUUUAAAGUAUAGUUUUCAAACAGCAGACAGGCUGUGUUUUGUAAUGGAGUACGUAAAUGGCGGGGAGUUAUUCUUUCAUUUAAGACGUUCGCGCGUGUUCGGCGAGGACCGUACUCGAUUUUAUGGCGCUGAAAUAAUUUCAGCAUUAGGCUACCUUCAUUCGCAGGGUAUAAUUUAUCGUGAUCUCAAACUAGAAAAUCUUCUCUUAGAUAAGGAUGGACAUAUUAAAAUAGCUGACUUUGGAUUGUGUAAAGAAGAUAUAACGUACGGAAGGACGACGAAAACAUUUUGUGGAACUCCCGAAUACCUUGCGCCGGAAGUGCUCGAAGACAAUGACUAUGGAAGAGCAGUAGAUUGGUGGGGUGUUGGUGUUGUUAUGUACGAAAUGAUUUGUGGUCGAUUACCUUUUUAUAAUAAGGAUCACGAGAAGCUUUUCACGCUUAUUGUAAUGGAAGAAGUAAGAUUCCCUAGAACGAUCAGUAACGAAGCGAAAGAUAUGCUUGGUGGUUUACUUAUAAAAGAUCCAAGUAAAAGAUUAGGUGGCGGACCUAACGAUGCGAAAGAGAUUAUGGAUCACGCAUUCUUCUCGUCGAUCGAUUGGUCCGAUCUUGUACAGAAAAAAAUUCCUCCCCCUUUCAAACCUCAAGUUACUUCUGACACGGAUACCCGAUAUUUUGAUAGCGAAUUUACGGGUGAAAGUGUUGAACUGACGCCGCCUGAUCAGGGCUUCUUAGGGAGUGGAGGUGGUUUAAAUUCGAUAGCUGAAGAACAGGAACAUUUUCCUCAGUUUUCGUAUCAGGAAAGUCACUCAGCAGCAACUUCUUCCAUUGUUUCUAUUAAUCACUGACAGUACCAAGCGUUUCCUUUAUUUGCGUAUUGAAAAGCAUGACUAAAUGCAUGGAAAAGUCAAAGACACUCGAUCGCGAAAAGUGAUUUGUCUAACAGUUUGGAAGAAUUUUUCUUAUCUUUUUUUUUUUUCCUUUAAAGCAGAUAAAUCGAAAUAUCAGUUUUCGCUAAUUUACGAUGCUUUUUUGUGCAUCUUCGAAAGAUUUUAACACAUAUCUCCGAUGGCAGAUUCGCUUGUACACGUGGUAUACGUGCGCGUAUACGUGCAUUCGUUAAAAUUGUACAUGGAAAAAUAAUGUACUAUAAGAUUCAACUAUUUAUACCUGCUGAGUAGG